AUGCUUCUCCUUAUAUCAGGAGAUGUUGAACUCAAUCCUGGUCCUAUAACAAGUAAUAAUCCAAAAGAUAUCUUAAGGACUUGUUCUCUUAAACUCACUAAUGCUAUUACUACUAGCCUUUACAAAGUAACUGAUGCACUGUAUGCUGAAGGACUCAUACCACUUGAUACUAAAGAGAAUGUUCAAACAGUAACAGGAAUAUCUGAUUAUAGGAAAUCAAGUCAAUUAGUGUCUGUGAUACAACGACAGUUGGAAUCUUCUCUUAAUCCAGAGCAGUAUCUUAGUGAUAUAUGCCAGAUAUUAGUAAACCAAGGACAUGGUACACUAUCAGAUAUUGCUACCUCUGUAUUACACCAGUUAGGUCAAUUUAUGCCUGAUAAUAUCAGUAUACCAUCACAAGAAAGUGAACCAGAAUCACCUAGCUGUUUUGUUGCUGUCGGUAGUAUAAUGCCCAGAUCAUUAUCACAGGCAGUUGUAGCAUUUGAAACUGCAGAAGAUGAAACACUAGAUCCAAUUGGCCUCAAUAAUGAAUUUCAUGUACAACUAGUUGUUGAUGAGAAAACUAAGAAUGAUCCUAACAAUUUACAUAAUCUUAAAGAUCUCCUUGAUGCAGUAAAAGCUGGUGGUAGUGAAGCAGUUGAGUUUCUUCUUCAACAAGAAACUAUUAAUAUUGAUUGUACUUUGGAAAAAGGCAAGACAGCACUAAUGUUGGUUUGUGAAAGAGGGCAUGAGGACAUUGUACACAGUUUACUGUCUGCUGGAGCUAAUGUUAACAUUCAAGACAGUAAUGGAUGGACUGCACUAAUGAGAGCAACUAAAAAUGAUCACAUUUCAAUUAUUAAAGUGUUACUACAAGCUGGUGCUAACCCUCACCUGAAGAUAUCAGAUGGAUCAAAUGCUUUAAUGGUGGCUAGUUACUAUGGUUACUAUGAAGUUGUUGAGCUAUUGAUUAGUAAAGGAGUUGAUUGUGGAUAUCAACGGGAAGAUGGUCGGAAUGCUUUUAUGUUUGCUUGUGAAAAAGGUCACACUCCAAUAGUUGAACUUUUGUUGAAGGAACAAGUUGAUCCUAAUGCUCAAAAAAAUAAUGGUGGGAAUGCUUUUAUGUUGGCUUGUGGUUAUGGUCACUUUCAAAUAGUGGAGCUGUUGCUGAAGGAAAAAAUUGAUCCUAAUGCACAAAAGAAAGAUGGAGGGACUGCUUUUAUGUUGGCUUGUCAAAAAGGUCACACUCAAAUAGUUGAAUUGUUGCUGCAAAAACAAGUUGAUGCUAAUGUUCAAAGAAAUAGUGGUGGGAAUGCUUUUAUGUUGGCUUGUGAAUAUGGACACACUGCAAUAGUUAAACUUUUGCUUCAGAAACGAGUCGAUCCUAAUGUUCAAAACAAAAGGAGGUGUACAGCUUUAAUGCUUGCCAGUGCUAAUGGAAAUUUUGAAGUAGUUAAGUUGUUAUUAGAAUGGCAGGCUGAUCCAAAUAUUGAAUCUAUUGAAGGAAAGACGGCAUUAUCAGUAGCCAAGACUGGCGAUAUAUCAGCAUUGAUUAGUAGUUACGUAAGAGAGCACAAUAAAGAACAAGAGGAUAAUGCUUGUACACCAGCGAAUCCAGGGCAGUUCCAUAGAACCCCCCUCUAGCAGAAAUUUUGGCUUUUUGCUGGACAUAAAUACACACUAAUUGACAUUUAAUAUUUUAUGAUAGUGAUUAAGUGCGUCUCCUGUUAAUUUUCCUUGAUCUAUGAUUAUUUGUGUUAUCACGCCCUUUUUGUUGACUGUUAAGAUGUACAUUGUAACAUAUGUAAGUCUCAGUUGUGCACAACUCAAUCAUUUUUAAUUACUA